GGAUUGAUACCAACAUUUCAAGGCAUCGGUCAAUUGAUUGGAGCUUUUGUAACAGUAAUAUACAAAUGGGUUAACAGACAAUUGUGUAUUUGUUUGUUUGUCUUAUUGAUGGCCUUAAGUACAAUAUUGUUUCCAUGGGCUAACACAUUGUGGCAAUUAUGGUUAAUAUCAUUUUUGUACGGAUUUGGGGUCGGGUGCUGGAAUUCUAGCAAUAAUGUUGUACUCAUAGAGAUAUGGAAACACAGAAGUCCAACCAUAUUAUUGUUAUGUCAUAUGCUGUGGGGUUUGGGCACUAUUUUAGGUCCAUUACUGAUAGAACCAUAUAUUAUUGGCAAUGAUGUUUGUCCGGGUGUUACUCAACAAGAUUGUAAAAAACAUAGUUUCAAUAAUCAAACUAUCAAUGAGUUUGACUCCCAAUGCAAUCAAUGGUGUUUAGCAUAUGAUAGGAGACCAUUACUUAAGAUCCCAUUCAUCAUUGGAGGUGUUUUGGAAAUAUUUGGUCCAAUCAUAUCCUUUAUAAUGUUUUUUGUCAAACGCUAUCAUAAUAUAAAAGAUGAAUCACUAGAUGAAAGUAAAUCGGAUGAAACAAAACACGAGGAACGGGAGCGUCGAUUAAAGUACAUUCCAAAGUGGACUAUACUUACAUGUGUUUCAAUUAUAUUUUUAUUUGGUAUAUUAGUCGAAAAUCUAUACAAUUCAUUUGCCGCAACAUUUUUCCAAUACCAACCCGUGCUUCACGUGUCGGCAUCAAAAGCUUCAAUAAUAACAUCAACAAUGAACGGUGCUUUCACUUUUGGACGAGUAGUUUGUGCUAUUGCAGCACUUUAUGUCAGUCCACAGAAUCUGAUUCUCAUUGAAUUAAUCAUAACAUUAGGCGGUUAUAUAUUUCAGUUAUUGGGUCAAAACCAACUGACCUUACUUUGGAUCAGUUCAAUUAUACUUGGCUUAGGUUUUGCCUCAGUUUGGGUCUCCUGUUUCUCAUUUAUUGCCCGCUAUAUGAUACUUACGGAUGUAAUAUCCGGUUGGUAUGUGGGGCCGUGUAAUAUAACAUAUAUAGUAUUGGGAUAUUUUAUUAGUCACUUUAUGGAGUCUAACCCAUCUAUUCUACUAUAUUUAAGCAUUGCUGGUAUUUCCAUCUCAAUUGUAGCACAUUUAGUACAAAUGUAUGCGGUUAGAAAUGUGCCCAGGGAUCUAAUACUAAAUAUUGAUUUGACUAAAUCAUCACAUUGA